AUGGCCCGCCUCCUCCGGGCCCUCGCCGCCCUCCUCCUCGCGGCCGCCGCCGUCGCCGACGACGGUUGGUUCCCGCCGACUUGCUGUGCUUCGGUUCGGUUCCCGCAGAGGUUUUACGCUACGGGCGGGGCAACACUGCUGGAGAUCAAGAAAUCUUUCCGCGACGGCGGCAACGCGCUGCGCGAUUGGUCCGGCGACGGCGCAUCGCCGGGCUACUGCUCGUGGCGCGGCGUGCUAUGCGACAACAUCACCUUCGCUGUCGCCGCGCUCAACCUCUCUGGGCUCAACCUCGAGGGUGAAAUCUCACCGGCCAUCGGGAGUCUUCAACGUGUUGUCUCAAUAGAUUUGAAGUCGAAUGGACUCUCGGGACAGAUCCCUGAUGAGAUUGGUGAUUGUUCGUUGCUUGAAACUCUGGAUUUAUCCUCUAACAAUCUAGAAGGAGACAUACCAUUCUCCAUAUCCAAGCUGAAGCACCUUGAGAACUUGAUUUUGAAGAACAACAAGCUGGUGGGGGUGAUUCCAUCGACACUCUCUCAACUUCCAAAUUUGAAGAUAUUGGACUUGGCUCAAAACAAGCUAAGUGGUGAAAUUUCGAAUCUAAUAUAUUGGAAUGAGGUUCUUCAAUACUUGGGAUUGCGAAGCAAUAGUUUAGAAGGAAGCCUCUCUUCCGAUAUGUGCCAGUUAACUGGUCUGUGGUACUUUGAUGUGAAGAACAAUAGCUUGACGGGUACAAUACCAGAAACCAUAGGGAACUGUACAAGCUUUCAGGUCUUGGAUUUGUCAAACAAUCACCUUACUGGAGAAAUCCCAUUCAAUAUUGGUUUCCUGCAAGUGGCUACGUUGUCUUUGCAAGGGAACAAGUUCUCUGGCCCUAUACCAUCAGUGAUUGGCCUUAUGCAGGCACUUGCAGUGCUGGAUCUGAGUUUCAAUGAGCUAUCUGGCCCAGUACCGUCUAUACUGGGCAACUUGACAUACACUGAGAAAUUAUACCUGCAAGGCAACCGGCUAACUGGAUCGAUACCACCAGAGCUUGGUAAUAUGUCGACACUGCAUUACCUGGAAUUGAAUGACAAUCUGUUGACUGGGUUCAUUCCUCCUGAUCUUGGAAAACUCACAGAAUUGUUUGAAUUGAACCUUGCAAACAACAACCUUAUAGGACCUAUCCCUGAGAAUUUAAGUUCAUGUGCAAAUCUCAUUAGUUUCAAUGCUUAUGGCAAUAAAUUGAAUGGAACCAUUCCGCGUUCAUUUCACAAGCUCGAGAGUCUGACUUAUCUGAAUCUGUCAUCAAAUCAUCUCAGUGGAGCACUUCCAAUUGAGGUAGCAAGAAUGAGAAAUUUAGACACUCUGGACUUAUCCUGUAACAUGAUCACUGGUUCAAUUCCCUCAGCUAUUGGGAAACUAGAGCAUCUUUUGAGACUUAACUUAAGCAAAAAUAAUGUGGGUGGAUACAUUCCUGCUGAAUUUGGGAACUUGAGGAGCAUCAUGGAGAUUGAUUUGUCCUACAACCACCUCCGUGGCCUGAUUCCUCAAGAGGUUGGGAUGCUACAAAAUCUGAUACUGUUAAAAUUAGAAAGCAAUAAUAUUACUGGAGAUGUCUCUUCACUUACUUACUGCUUGAGUCUCAAUAUCUUAAAUGUAUCAUACAACCACCUUUAUGGUAUUGUACCUACAGACAACAACUUCUCACGAUUUUCACCCGACAGCUUCUUGGGUAACCCUGGACUUUGUGGCUAUUGGCUUCGCUCUUCUUCAUGCACACAGUUACCCAGUGCUGAGCGAAUGAAGAGAUCCUCUACCUCAAAGGCCCCAAAGUCUGCAUUUAUUGGUAUUGGUGUCGUAGGGCUUGUUAUUCUGCUGGUUAUCCUAGUAGCUGUUUGCUGGCCACAUAAUUCACCAGUGCUCAAAGAUGUCUCUGUAAACAAACCAGAUAACCUUGCUGCAGCAUCAAGCAACGUUCCUCCCAAGCUUGUGAUCCUCCACAUGAACAUGGCCCUCCAUGUAUACGAUGAUAUAAUGAGGGUGACUGAAAAUUUGAGCGAAAAAUACAUUAUUGGUUACGGAGCCUCAAGUACAGUCUACAGAUGUGAUCUGAAGAACUGCAAGCCGAUUGCGAUUAAAAAGCUAUAUGCUCACUACCCCCAGAGCUUGAAGGAAUUUGAGACUGAACUUGAGACUGUUGGAAGCAUCAAACACCGGAAUCUUGUAAGCCUUCAGGGGUACUCCCUGUCACCUUCUGGGAAUCUUCUUUUCUAUGAUUACUUGGAAAAUGGCAGCCUCUGGGACAUUUUACAUGCAGCUUCAUCGAAGAAAAAGAAACUCGAUUGGGAGGCUCGCCUCAAAAUUGCUCUUGGUGCUGCUCAUGGGCUUGCUUAUCUUCACCAUGAAUGCAGUCCGCGAAUAAUUCACAGGGAUGUGAAAUCAAAGAAUAUCCUCCUAGACAAAGAUUAUGAGGCUCAUCUUGCUGACUUUGGUAUUGCCAAGAGCUUGUGUGUAUCGAAGACGCACACAUCAACAUACGUGAUGGGCACCAUUGGCUACAUUGACCCUGAGUAUGCACGAACAUCCCGGCUCAACGAGAAAUCGGAUGUAUACAGCUACGGCAUUGUCUUGUUGGAGUUGCUUACUGGCAAAAAGCCUGUCGACGAUGAGUGCAAUCUUCAUCACUUGAUCCUAUCCAAAGCCGCAGAGAACACGGUCAUGGAGAUGGUCGACCAAGACAUCACCGACACGUGCAAAGAUCUUGGCGAGGUCAAGAAGGUGUUCCAAUUGGCACUCCUUUGCAGCAAGAGGCAAUCAUCGGAUCGGCCAACCAUGCAUGAGGUCGCGCGCGUCCUGGACAGCCUAGUCUGCCCAGGUGCGCUCCCAAAGCAGGCACAGCCACAGGUGUCGGAGAAGUCAUCCACCGCUCCGAGCUACGUCAGCGAGUAUGUCGGUCUACGAGGUGGCAGCGCCCUCUCAUGCGCCAAUUCAUCCAGUGCGUCCGACGCCGAGCUCUUCAUGAAGUUUGGUGAGGUGAUAUCACGGAGCACGGAGUAG